CCGGCCUUACGUGUAUUUGUAAUUACACAAGUAAAACGUGAUUUUCUUUUUUCCUUAUUAGCCUUUACAUAAUAAUUCAAGCUAGCAUGUAUUAAGUGCUUAAAAGGAACUGCUGGUUUACCUCGCGGAAUCCUCACAGCAACUCCAAAUGCAUGAUGUUGGUGAUGCCUUACUACACGAGGCCCUGCCUGGGCUCAUCUGGGACCUGGGCCAGCAGCUGGGAGACCUGAGCUUGGAGUCUGGAGGCCUGGAACAGGAGAGUGGCCGCAGCUCAGGCUUCUAUGAAGACCCCAGCUCCACAGGAGGUCCCGAUUCACCACCCUCGACCUUCUGUGGGGACAGCGGCUUCUCCGGAUCUGGCUCCUAUGGACGCCUAGGUCCCUCUGACCCCCGGGGCAUCUAUGCCAGCGAGAGGCCCAAGUCCCUAGGAGACGCCAGUCCCAGCGCUCCGGAGGCGGUGGGCGCUCGGGCAGCGGUGCCCCGAUCCUUUUCGGCGCCCUACCCGACGGCUGCGGGGUCUUCGGGCGCGGAGGCCUGCUCCUCGGCGGAGCGGCGGGCCCGCGCGGGGCCCUUCCUGAAGACC